AUGGCUAGAGAGCCGGGAGCGAGCACAGCUCUAAACGUUCAAUCUGCAGAAGAGGGCACUGGGCUUCUGGUGGUGAAGGUGGAACAGGAAGAGGCUUUUCCCUUGCCAGAGGAGGCCAGUUGGAUGGGCAGCCCUGGGCACGACCGCUCCCGACAGCGCUUCCGCGCCUUCCGCUACCCGGAGGAAGCCGGACCCCGGCAGGCACUGAGCCGGCUCCGAGAGCUCUGCAGACAGUGGCUGCGGCCAGAUAUGCACAGCAAGGAGCAGAUCCUGGAGCUGCUGGUGUUGGAGCAAUUCCUGACCAUCCAGGCGGGGGAGGUGGUGGCGCUGCUGGAGUACUUGGAGAGGCAGCUGGAUGAGACACCUCCACAGGUCCCUACUGGUGAAUGGAGUCGAGAACUUCUCUGCUGCAAGGUGGCAUUGUUAAUGCCAUCCCAGAACUCACAAAGUAGCCACUCCCAGCCAAUGAAGUGUCUGCUCAAGCAUGAGUCUCAGGAAUCUUUGGAAUGUUCACCCUUACAAGCAAGAGGUCUGGAAAUGAAGCCUGAAACCAGGGACUUGCAUCCAGCUGAGGAAUACACAGAACAUAAGCCUGAGCAGCCAAGGUCCCUCCUGGCUGAAGACACUGUUGGGAUUCCUGCAGGUGCAGAAACCAGUGAACAGGAAGGCAAGUUACAGACAACACAGAAGAAUGCCACAAGGACUAAACGACACUAUUGCCCCGAAUGUGGAAAGACUUUUGCCCAAAGUUCAGGUCUGACCAAACACAGAAGAAUCCACACGGGAGAGAAGCCCUAUGAAUGUGAAGACUGUGGUAAGGCCUUCAUUGGGAGCUCUGCCCUUGUCAUUCAUCAGAGAGUACACACUGGUGAGAAGCCAUAUGAGUGUGAAGAAUGUGGCAAGGUAUUCAGUCACAGCUCAAACCUCAUCAAGCACCAGAGAACCCACACUGGGGAAAAGCCCUACAAGUGUGAUAACUGUGGGAAAACCUUCACCCAGAGCUGCAGCCUCCUUGAACAUCACAAAAUUCACACCGGGGAGAAGCCAUUCCAGUGCAACUUGUGUGGCAAAGCCUUCAGGCGGAGCUCACAUCUCCUGAGACAUCAGAGGAUCCAUGGUGAUAAAACUGCUCACAGGCCUCUGCACAGAGAGGCCUGGGAAGAUCAGAGUAGGGUGGAAAGCCAGUGGGAUAAUACUGAAACUCCCAUGACUUAUCAGUGCAAUGAGUGUGAAAGAAGCUUCACUCAGAAUAGAAGCCUUAUUGAACAUAAAAAAAUCCACACUGGUGAGAAACCUUACCAGUGUGGUGCAUGUGGAAAAGGCUUUACCCGUACUUCAUAUCUUGUUCAACACCAGAGAAGCCAUGUGGGGAAAAAUUGUAUCACAGUGACCUGUACCAUACCUGCCAGAGUUGGUGCCCAUGUGACAGUGAGCUGAAGACACUCUGGAGCCCUUACUAACUGCAGAGGGAGGAUGUUGCCAUUGCACACCAUCUAGUGUUAGAUAUUAUAAUAUGACUGAGGUGAAUUAACUUUUAUAUCCUAAAAGUAACUGGAGUAAGACUCACUAAUAGGCAGAUAUGAGAGUGUUUUCUGGAUGAGGUAGCAAUACAGUGUUUUGCUCCCACUCUGGAUCUACAAGGUCUUCCAAAACAGUUGCUCUUAGCCAGCACAUUUUUUUUUCUCCUGGAUGGAUGGUUCCAGAUUUGGGGGCAUAUUGUUCUUUCAUGUUUUGGUCAGAUUCCUGAGGUCUUGGGUCCCUAUUAUGCAUUAUGUAUAGAUGCUAGUAGAAUUUACUACAGGGACUGAUGAAAUGACCUUCAAAAUUCUGAAAAUCUGUGUCUAGAUUUCUGAAGAAGUUCUAAUUUGGGCCAUUUGUGUUUGCAUCUAAUUUGCUGAGGUUCUAACUGCUGAGUUAGUCCUACAGUUUUCAUAGUAAGGACAUAAUAUUACAGAAUUUGAAUUGGUGCCUCCAUAUAGGUUCACGAGGAUAAAGAGUAUAGUAAGAAUACCUGAAGCAAUUUCUGAAGACAUAGGGGGACUUCCUUGUCCAUAAAACUCCAUUAGUGUACAUUUAGUUUUUCAAUCUUUACAGUGAAAGCUUUCAGUCAGGUAAAUAAAAAGCAAUCCUAUCUUCAUAGGAUAAAAUAUUUAGUUUGAAUUUCUAUUGCUGGGAAAGACACCAUGAUAAACAAACAAACAAACAAAAAACCCUGAGGUAGAUGGGUGGGGGUCUAUUUCAACUUAGAACUCAUUUGUUACACUCCAUCACUGUGGGAAAUCAGGGUUGGAGCAGAGGACAGGGACCUGGAAGCAAAAACUGAAGCAAAAGCCACGGAGGAAUGCUGCUUACCAGCUUGCUCCUAAUGACUUGCUCAGCAUGCUUUAUUUUAGCAUCCAGGACUGCCAGCCCUGUGGUGGCAUCGCCCACAGCUAGCUGGGCUUUUGACAACAAUCAUCAAUCAAGAAAAUACCCCAUAGGCUUGCCCUAUAGGUCAAUCUGGUGGCAGCACUUUAUAAGUUGAGGUUGCCUUUUUCCAAAUGACUAUUUGGUGUUGCACUGACAUAAAACUAGCACAACAAAUGAUGAUACAAUUGAUGUCAAUUCUAUACUGCUCAGUGUAUCUGUUACCUUUCUCAGGGCUGUGACCAAAAACCUAAGAAAGCAACUUAAGGAAGGAAUGGGUUAUUUAGGUUCAUGGUUUGAGCUGAUACAUUAUGGUAGGGAAGGCGUGAUGGCAGAAAUGUGAGGCAGCUGGUCACGCUAUGUCUGAAAACAGGAAGCAGAGAUCAAUGCUGAUGUUCUGCUGGCUUUCACUUUUUUUCCUUGUAAUUCAUUUCUGGACUUCAGGCCUCGGGAUGGUGCUGCCCACAUUCAGGCUGAGUCUUCUCUCCUGGAUUAAAGCUCUCUGGACUCACCCUCGCGGAUAUGCCUGAACUGUGUAUCCAAGUGGUUUAAAAUUCAGUUAAGUUAACAAUGAAGAUAGAUAGUCACACUCAACAUCUUGUUUCUCAGUUUUCCCAUAUGUUGGGCCUAGCCAAAUUUUAGGACAUAUUUUGUAUCCCUCUCCUCUUUAUAUUAAACUGAAUCAAGGCUUCUGCCAGCUAAGUUGACACUUUGUUCAGGUCAGAAGAUUCACACCAAAUAUUCAUCAUUAUUACUUAUGCCUUCAAAGCUGUCCUGUGGGUUGAAAGUGCAAGAACAGUAAGUAAUAGGUGAGGUUACUGACCCCAGUGGAGACUGUAGGAGAAAUCAUGUCUGUUGGGAAGCAGGUUGAGAAAUUUGGAUGGAUAGUGCUCCAUAGGGUGAACCUGGGCAGUCAAGGCUCUGUGCUGUGAGUUAAUCAUAAGAAGUAAGGUUUUUAUGAUAGCUAACAAAGUCCAGCCAAAUCAUUUCUUGUUUUGAAGACUGACAUGUUCUUCUGAGGUCCUUUUUGUGAAAUGACACCAUGCUUUAAUAAAUCACGAGCAUGUUGUUCUGGUCUGCUCAAAAACAGCACCUGUUUUUGAAUUCUUACUUUGAAGGCUCAUGGGCUGACUUCUAGCUUCCAAAACUUAAGGUCUCUCCCCUUUUGUUGCCUUCAUUAUCCCUUCAUUUCUGCCUUAAGACUAACUUAGUCUUCCAAAAUUCUUUAGACUUAUCCAUGGAAUCUUCUAGCAUUUAAUUUUUUCUUACUUAUGCUGUCUUUAUGACGCUACUAGGUAAUUACUCUUCUCCUUUAAUAUUUUUCUAGGUUCACCCCUUUAAAGCCAGGUUGAGUCAUGAUAUAAAGGUCAAGCAGAUUUAAAAUAAGUUAUGUAACAAUAAAAUAUUUAAAAAAUAUUUGCUUAUAGCCCUAAAACUUCAACACUCAAAUUCUCUAUGGACUACUUGGCUUAUUUUUCUUUGGUCUUUAACUUGCUUGACAAUUGCAUGAAUGCUUGUGAAGGGCUUUUACAAAUCAGAAAACUUGGUGCUAGUGUGACUUCUUAACAAAGAAGCCCUGUGCCUCCUUUAAGCUUUUAAGCCUAAAGCUUCCCUGCAGAGGAGGGAAAUACAGACAGUGUUUUUAGAGACUGAUAUUCUAAAUACUGGCAUGGA